AUGGCGCCGAAGGGUCCGUACAAGCUGGUGACGGUGAAUACUGCACCCGAGCGAGCGAAGCGCCUUGUUGGACGCGUUGUCGAGGAACUCAAGGAUCGCUACACGAUCGAGCACGUCGCGAACUGCGAUAAGAUAGACGAAGUCGAGGGCAAGGUGAAGGAACAUCAGCCCGACAUCAUUUUCUGUGCAUCAAUGUGGACCUCAGAAGAGGCCGACCAGAUUCUCAAAACGGCGAGGUCACUGAAGCCAGGCAUCAAAACCCAUGUGAUCCCGCAUGGCCUGCAGGUUGAAAAAGGGCCGGACGCCGUUGUUGAGCAUCUUCUCGAAAAGGUUCCGCAGAUCAUUGAUAGCUAA